GCCACACAUGAUAUGCAUAUCGCAGACUGCUGAAGAGGUCAUCGAAUAUUUGCAAUUCUCGUGAAACAACCUCUUACAUUUUCUCAACCAAUGACACACUGACAAUUGUACAGACUCACUCCCAUUCUGAGCUCUCGUGUCCUCCUCAACAUCCGAGCCACAGCGCAGUCCACGCGCGGAGAACAAUCCCAAACACCCUCUUUCGUCCGGUCGCGGCGUGGAGUCCAAACACAAGAUGACGUCGAAAACAUGUCGUUCGAAUUAAACGUCCUCAACAGCACCGAACAAGCCCCGCAGGGCGAUCGCUCUCAUCUGCAAGAGUCGAUCGAACAUGAUGAAAUUGUUGCUGUACCGCGAAGCACGGUGAGCAACGUUGCUACUGCUGGCGAUGCUCAACAGGACGUGAACGAGGAAGAGGGGGUGGAUGAUGUCGAGGAAGAGAUGGUGUCGGAUUGGGAGAACGAUGUGUGAGGGAGAGAGUGGGUAUUCGAGCUAUGCUUGCUAUUUAGCUGUUGAUGGUCCAAGCCUCAUCACGGGGCUGUAUACCUGGCUUCACGCGUAUUUAUUGCACUAUAGAUUGUAUAAUGUCCUUCUAGUUCUACCGUCCGUGUUGAUUGUAUCUUUCGUUAUUUCCUAGCAUGCCU